UUCAGACAGAAAUCAGGUUUUUAGUUUGUGCAUGAAUGUGCAGCUUAAUUUUUAGGUUUUUAUGCUAAAAGCUUGAAAACUGUGCAGACAGCAGGAUGUGGGAACAAAUUGAGGACAGAGCAGCGGCAGAGUCUGAAGAAGAAACGGGUCUAUCUUCUGAAGAUGAGGGAGACAUUCAGUGUGAGAUCCUGGAAAUUCAGAGGGAUGAAGCCAAUCAGAGACUGUCUGAACUGGAGGAAGUCUCCAAUCAGCUCCUGAAAGAGAUAAAUGUUCUGGAGAUGCAGUUCCAGAUUGAGCGCUCCUGCAGGGAGAGUGCUGAGUCGCUGGCUGUCAAAGUGACCAAAGAGAACAAAGUGCUGAAGAGGGCGAGCCAGAUGCUGAUGCCGCUCAUCCCCGAGCUGCCUGAAGACUUGGCUGACGUGACCUUUGACCCAGAGACCGAAUCCGCGGUUAACGGUGAUGAGGUAGACAAUUUCGGCGAAGAAACGCUGCUGAUGGAGAAUCAAGCUAAGAUCGCAGAGCUGCAGGCGUCAGUGGACGGUCUGUUGGCUGAGAAGCUGCAGCUGGAGCAACAAGUGGAGGAUUUGACCAAAGAGCAGGUCCAACUAAGAGAGCAGCUUGCUCUGGAGGUCGAGGAGAAAGAGGCCAUCCUGAGGAAAAUGAGCAAACAGAACAAGUCCAUCAAUAAAAUCAAACGCGUCUCCCAGCUUGUCACAGAGGAGUUCACAGAAAUGUCUCAGAAGCUGGAGCUGGAGCAGGGCCUCCGGCAGCACGCUGAAGUCUUCGCCCACCAGAUGUUGGUGCAGCAGAAGACGUCCCACAGCGAGAGCAGGCCGCCGACGCAGAGCUCGGACACCGGCCUGAAGCUGCAGGAGGCGCUGGAGCAGAUCUCCAUCAUCAGCUCAGCCCUGUGUGAUAUCCAACGCUACUACCAGGACCAGGUCAAACAGAGUCAGAGCGCUGUGGAGGAGAGCGCCGUCCUCCCUGAGCUGCAGAACCUGAGAGAACAGCUGGAGAAGAGCGAGGAGGAGAGGAAGGCCUUGGAGACGCAGCUGUCUGAAGCUAACGGCUCUGUCACACAGCUCCGAGAGGAAGUGAAACAGCUACAAGAAACACUGAGCAGGGAGGAAGAACCAGAGGAGAAAGCCUCUUCUUCCUCCUCCCCUCCUCCCCCUCCUCCUCCUCCUCCUCCUCCUCUUCCUCCACUACCCACCGCUGUCACCAAUUCACUUGAUUUCCUAAGAAGCAGGAGAAAAGAAAGAGCCACUAAAGCUGAUCAAGAUAAAGCAGCGCCGUUGUUGGACAUGAAGACGAAAGCGGUGGAUGAAAUGAUGGAGAGAAUAAAGAGAGGCAUCAUCCUGAGGCCCAUGAAGAGAACACAGGAGGGUGACAGCUCAUGGAAGGACCAAAGGAGUGAAAACAGAAGAUCUGCUAUCGUGGAGUUGAAAGGAAUGCUGGACAACAUGAAAUGUCAGCAGCUCCGCAGAGUGCCAUCCAGACGGGGCCACGGCCGAAAUAUUGGGGAGGCAGAGCUGCUGCAGGUUCUCCAGAGGAGGAGGAGAGCGAUGGGGGAGAACCAGGACCAGACACGGGACCCUCAGCCGGCUCCACAGUGUGUCCCAGCAGCAGGAGAUGCUCCCUGGGCAGGCGAGAGCGGCAGUGCCCCGGUGCUCCGGAGGCUGAAACAGAACAGAGAGAAGAGAGACUCUCGCAUCAGAGCGUCAACACUGAUCAUCAGCCAUGAAAAGUGAGAGCAGUUACAGGAAGAAAUGUGCAUCACUGCAGUCAUUCCUUCUUUGUUUUAUUUGUCAGUUAUCUCCUGAAGGCCUCUUUUAUUUUGACCUCAAAAGAACCAAUUGUGUCCUUGCAGAUGUUUUAAGUUAAUACAUGAAUGCAUUGCUUUUGUUAUCAUUCACAAUAAAAUGCCAGUUGAUCUUUGCCUUUAUGGAAAUGUUAAAAUAAAGACUUGAGUUGUGAUAAAAAAUAAUGUCAGAAAUCAGCUCUUAGUGUUUGUUUUAUCCUCCUGGGAGAACCAAACGGGAGGACAUAAAACAUAAAAUCCCACAUUCAGGGUUAAUAAAAACGAUGGAAAUGCCAUUUAACCCAGGUUUGCAUCAAAUAGUACUUGUUGCGUGUCAAAGGAAAUGAAACCCAU